UGAAGGCAGCAGGGAAAGCUUCAAGAUGGUGAAAUUUGGGCUCCAGUUCAAAGCCACUCUGGAAAAUGUCACUAAUGUGAGACCAUUGGGCGACGACUUCCGCUGGUUUCUGAAGCUGAAGUGUGGAAACUGUGGAGAGAUCCCAGAUAAAUGGCAGUAUGUGACACUAGAGGAGAGUGUGCCACUAAAAGGAGGAAGAAGCAGUGCGAGCAUGGUGCAGAAGUGUAAACUUUGUGCCAGGGAAAAUUCAAUUGAUAUCCUGGGAGACACAAUCAAACCUUAUAAUGUGGAGGACAGCGAGAGCUUCAAGACAAUGGUGCAGUUUGAGUGUCGAGGGCUGGAGCCCAUUGACUUCCAACCUCAAGUGAGUCUCUCUAAGCAGAUGCUGGAUUCGCUGCACAAGGAGCCGAGUCCGGAACACAGUUUCCUGAAAUUAACCUGCAAGAAAAAGACUGGACGGACUACGAUGAGAAAGUCAAGGAGUCGGUGGGAAUAUAUGAGGUCACACACAAGUUCAUCAAGUGCUAAUGUCAUCAAGUUAAAAGCCUCCCAGUUGGGAGAACGAACACUACAGCCAAACAUCCUCCGGUCUUUUAGUUGCCAUCAAGGAUGCAUCAGAUGUUGAGGUGGCGAGGUUUGGAUGAUGAUGAACAGUAACAGGUGUGGAUCAAAACCACAGGUUGUCCAUACACGUCUUGGAUUAAUCAAAAUGUUCAAGGCUUUUUUCACUGCUUCAAUAAAAUUGAAAUGGGACAGUUUUGAAUUAAGCUUUUUCUAUGCAGUGCCACUUUAAAUGGUCUGUAGUCAUGUAGUAGAACCACACUUUUAUAGCAAAACCAACCUGUGAAAUUAUAAAAAAAAAAGAAGUCCAGAACAACUUAUUACAGCUGUG